AAAUCACAGCCAUGUGUUUCUGAACGAGAGCAUUUCGUGGCUGGUAAAUUUCAAGACUAGCUGGUAUGUUAGCAUAGCCUUAGCUAACCUGUCUGUCUUACGAUUUUACUGUCGUAUUCAACCUUGUUUCUACUUCAACAUUUAGUGUUAGAGAUGGACAACAGUCAACAGUCCAAAGAAAGCACGGACCGGUCCGACCUGGUUUCUGAGGACGGUAAAAACAGCAAGUCUGUCUUGUGUCAACGCUGCGGAUCCAAGGUGCUAUGCCCGGGGAUGGCUGUCUUUGCAAAGAAAGAGCUGUUCCUACCAUCCAUGCGAAAAAAGGGUGGCCUCAGCACCACAGAGGGCUCGGUGGACGGGGACACUCUGACCGCCCACUGGUUUGUGGACGACAUGUACACAUUUGAGAAUGUGGGCUUCACUAACGACGUGGGGAGAAUCAAGUAUCUCAUCUGUGCAGAUUGUGAGAUUGGACCAAUCGGCUGGCACUGUUUGGAUGACAAGAAAAGUUUCUACGUCGCUGUGGAAAGAGUGAAUCAUGCAUAGUCUAAAUGCUUAUGUGAGCCUGAAAGAACUUUUAAAAACAUGUUGGCACGCUAUGCAUCUUUUCAUGGAUUUACUCCCAGAGUUGACCCCAACCUAAUCUAUCUCACACGCACACACACACACACACACACACACACACACACACACACACUUGUCAUAUGCUGUUAUGUGUACAUUGUUUAUAAUAACAGGACAGCGCCAGUUUCAUUCUCCUCCAUCACACUGACAGUAUGACUAUCCUGUUCUAAUAAAGAUGUUUUUGGGAAGCUGA